UGCAAACCCCGUUUCUGGGCGAACAUGGCGGCGACUUGAUAACGGCAGCGCGAUGAAGACGGAGAGGGCUUGAAAAAGAAAAAGAGGUGUGUGACAGGCUGCGGGCCCGAACACCGACACAAAGGCACGCAGCUUCGCCAUGUUGGCAGAGGAAAGCGCCUUUGUCCCUGCACCACAAAGGCCGGGGAAAACGUCAAGGCGUCGGUGAGUGUUUGUGAAAACGGGAGUCGAGGCUGCGCAGAGGAGCGGACGGAGGACAGCGGUUUCACCGCUCAGCCAUGGAGGAUGCGGCCCGUGGUCGCCUGCGCCUGAUUCCUCACCCGACCCACGCUCUUUUGGAUGGGAAUAGCCGCUGAACGCAAAGGUAAGCCGGGACAACCCACCGCCCGACACCCGAGAGGAGGAAAACGCGAAGCGGACCCCACGUCAAUGACUGUUGCGGCAGAGGAGCCCCCACGGUGGAGUCGGCCGGUUCCCAAAAUAUGACCAGGGGUGCUGGGACGUGUUGGCAGCAAGAAGAUGACGACGGCUUCCAAAUCUGGCUAGAGCCCGCCCGCGACCACCAAAAGCCAUUCACCGACUCAGAGAGGGCGCAGAGAUGGCGACUGUCCUUGGCAUCCCUCCUCUUCUUAACCAUCCUCCUCUCUGAUCACCUGUGGUUCUGCGCCGAGGCCAAUCUGGCCCGCACCCGGGACAAGUUUGCAUCCUCCCACCUCCUCUCACCCCACACCCACUCAGCACACAGCAGCCUCAGAGGAAACCCAGAUGCUAUUUUUAUAGGAAACUCUACCAAACAUUUGUGGCGCCUCGAAACUUGCCACCGGGACACUUUAUCUCGGAGCUGCUUCGCUUUCGCAGAUGCCGACCAUUUGUGCAAGGGCCUUUCCGUCAGAGAGGGGACGCGGGCUGUAAAUAUGAGCGAUUUGUACCUCUCUUUUUGUAACUCCUACUCUCUGCUGGAUUUGCUCGACACCUCCACCAGUCCGGACAAUUUGAACUGCAGCCUCGACGUGCUCGACGACGGUGACACGACCAGGUGCAGCCUGUGCGUGCAGGCGUACCAGCGUUACGACCAGCACGCCCAGGAGAAGUACGAGGACUUUGAGCUCCUGACUCAGAAAUAUGAGCCGGGGCCAUACUCAGUGAGGACGUGCAUGGAUCAGUGCAAGACGGCCUAUAAACCCUGGCUGUGUGCUCAGUAUUUCCCCACCCCUCAGAGGUCCUGUCAAAGGAAGGUACCGUGUCACCAGUACUGCCUGGAGGUCCAGCAGAGCUGCCCGUUCAUCCUGCCCGACAAUGACGACCUGAUCCAUGGCGGCAGCCCCAGUUUCAUCUGCACAGGUCUCCUGGGAGGUCAUCCAUCAGACAGCGAGGCCGAGUGCUGCGACGUCCGAUGGGAUUCCAAAAUGGAAAACCCAUCAGGGAAGGCACUAAAAAGGACUGCUUCCUCCUGCCAGCCCGAGGGGGCCACGGUUACUUCUGCUGCCCCCCCUAGACUGUGCAAUGGGCGACUGAAGAUCUGCCUGCUGGCCCUGGUUCUCCUGCACUCUGUCAUCGUCAUCUCGGCCUCCCAUAAUUCUACAUUGGUGGGUGUGGCCGCUAUCUUUUCACCAGAGGAGAGCGCGUCAAAUGAGGAGUAAAACCUUGGGGUUGAGUCAAGGCCUCAGCUCCUCCACAAUAAGAGGAGGAGGAGCUAAAAUUGGGGUUUUUCACAAUGUUGUGGUUUUCGAGAAACGCUGGAAAAGCCCCUACAAUCUGCUACAGAUGAACCACCAAAUGCAGAAGGUUGGGGGGAGCGGGUUAACUGGAGCUAAGGAUGCUGGGAAUGGACAUGGACAACAUCAGAUGUUUAAGAACCUCCCUCUCCCCAAUAACUGACCUUUUGCCACUUCAAAACCUGCUCAUUGUUUCUAUUCCAUUCACAUGUUUUUGGCUUAUUGUCCCUCCUCUUCUCCCCAUGUCCUCCCUACCUACCUCCCUUCCUCCCCUUCACCUCAUUCCUUCAUUUUCUGAGUGUGUGUGGACGCCCCAGGAAAACUGACAUCGAUGCAGGCCCUCCUCUAGAUAAUCACCAUUGACCUGCCUUUGUGUUCACGUACCAGGUUUGUUAUUUUCUCUUAGUUGUUCCAAGGUCUCCACUGACUUGACGCAGAGAUGUUUUCCUUCUCACUAUCUGGUGUGAGAUGUUGUCAGGAACCAGCUUAUCUAAACAUCACAUGAGUCUUCUCUUCUCAACUUCUCUGUUGUUUUUCUACUUUCUGAUGUCCAUCCUCUGCUAUCAUUUAAGUUUUGUUUUGUUUUUUACCGUAAGUGCUCUGAUAGUGGUGCGCUGUCUUUGGAAUUAUGAUGAAGGAAGAAUUAGUUGUGAUAUGGCUUGUGUUCACAGAGCAGAAAUGGAGUCAAGUGCUGGUAAAGUGCUGUGCUCACUUGCAGGACGAACCCAGGGGCACUAGAGGGCAGCAGCAUGAAGCCGAACCAUAAAGAGCCUCGUAUGUUCACCAAGUUAAAUUUGUGCGAAUAAGUGUCAGUGGAUAAGGGCUGUGCUUGUGUCAGUGCACAUGCAGUGUGAGGAGCUUUUAAAGGGCUGAUCCAUCUUUCUCUUUAUUAGUGUGUCACUGCACACGUCACACAGGCUUUAUUCUCUCAAGUGUUGACCAGUUCACACUGAAGUCUUUGUUUUCAGAGUUGACCUCAUUAUUCUGUCCAUGUAGUUUUGCUUAGAUGGCUCUGGUGUGUUGCUGUUGUUUUCUUCCUUUCUCCCAGAAGACUAAGGACCACAGUCUGGUGGAUCUAUGCAGAUGAGUCCCUCUGUGACCAGCGUCACCAGAAACACCCCUGUCCCCACCUAUUGGUUGUAAAUAUGUCUUGAGGAUGUUAGACCCACUCCACUCCCCUCCUCGACUUCCCAUCUCCCCCCUCACCUCCUCUCCCACUGUUGAAGUUGAGUGUUUUCUGUUUGCUCCCUUGGUUUUUGUCUGUUCUAAUGAGACUUUUUCGCAGCAUCUUUCCGUUGUCUGCAGCAGUGGUGUGCGUUGAUGAGUAGGCCUGAGCUGGAAAAGUUAAAAAGACCCGAUAAAGAGCUUUUUAAGAAGAAUAUAUUCAGACAAAAAAGAAGCAGGAACCUGUGAGGAGGAUUCAGAUGUAGAGAAAAAAGACAUGAUGAUAAAGUUGUCAUAUUAUCAUACUAGAGAUGCUUUAGUUUGCUAAUUUCCUUUCUUUUUUUCUACAAAACACUUGGAUGAAAUUAUUUAUAAGAUGCGUCCCACAAGUCAUGAUCUUUUUUGGACGUAAAACAAAUACAUUUAUUAACAUUUUGUUCAAAAGAAAAUAAAUAUAAAUUAUGUUAAACAUCAGUUGUGUUUGUGUC